AUGAUGUUGGGACAGUUUGAGAGGAAGACCUUUGCAGUUGGCCCUAUGGCCAAUGGCGGGAAAAUCUUAAAGUCAAAUCUUCCAGGUACAUUGACUUUUGGAUCUACCCUGCAUGUGACUGUACAGCAGUGCCAGUGGAGCAUAGAAGGUUCUUUCCAGAAUGGGUCAACACACAGAUACAAAGAUAGUGCUGUUGAGAUUUUACACUUACGCACAGACUGGGACAGUGAUGGGGAGAGUGAAGGGCCUCAAAGAAAUCCUGGACGAUACACCCAAACCAAGGCAAUUGCCCUUAAUGAGAAUCUCACUGCCCCAAAUGGUGAAAGUUAUAAACCGCUAUGGAAGACCUCCCUUUUUAAGUCAACUGUUUCUGCAGAGCAGUGUGUUUCUGUCAGCACAAGCUCCAGUCAGAUAGUCAACCAUAGCGAUUUGUGGACAGACCACUUGGAACAUCUGGAAAGUAACCUAGUCCAUGAUGAGAGUAAUGAUUUGAGCCAUUUGGAAAAUAGGAUUGGUCUGACUUUAAAUCAGAGAUUUAGAAAUGAAGAACAAAGUGCUCAGUGGGAUCCAUUUGAGAGGGGCUUCACUGAGGAGUUGAUGCUCCAGAAUGACCAGAGGCUUUUCACUGGAGACAGAAUUGCUCAAUGCACUGAAUCUCAGAAAACAUUGAACCAGGGCUCCAGUGUUCACAGAUGUGUCCGGGGUAGGUUUGCAGAGAACCAUUAUGAAUGUGAUAAAUGUGGGGAAGGCUUUCAUCCAAGCUCUAACUUCAGUAUACAUAAUGGUCACCAUUUGGGAGACAGUCCUCAUAAAGAUAAUGAAUGUGGGAAAGCUCGUAACCAGUCCUCCAGUGUUGGUGAUCAUCAGAGAAUUCAUGAGGGAAAAAGCCCAUUCACAUGUAAUAAACAUGGGACCAUGUUUACUCAGUCAUCAAGCCUAAACAUCAAUGAGAUAAUCCCUCAGGGAGAGGAAACUUACAUUUUUAAGGAAUGUGGUAAAUCCUUUGACUGCCACUCAACACUAUCUCAACAUCAACGAAUGCAUACUGGAGAAAAAAUACACAGAUGGAAAAAUUACAAGUGUAAUGAAUGUGCCAAAGCCUUUACAUCAUGCUCAAAACUUAUUCAGCAUCACAGAAUUCAUAGUGGAGAGAAACCAUACCAGUGCCAACAAUGUGGCAAGAGCUUUAACCACAGCUCAACCCUUACUCGACAUCACAGAAGUCAUACUGGAGAGAAACCUUACCAAUGUCAAGAAUGUUGCAAGAGCUUUAACCAGAGGUCAUCCCUUAUUAAACAUCACAGAAUUCAUACUGGAGAGAAACCUUACCAAUGUCAAAAAUGUGGCAAGGCCUUUAACUGCCUUUCACACCUUUCUGAACAUCAUAGAAUUCAUACUGGAAAGAAACCUUACCAGUGUCAAGAAUGUGGUAAGGCCUAUGCUGUCCCUUCACAACUUACUAAGCAUCACCGAAUUCAUACUGGAGAAAAACCUUACCAAUGUCAAGAAUGUGGCAAGGCCUUUAGUGACAGGUCAACCCUUACUGAACAUCACAGAAUUCAUAGUGGAGAAAAACCUUACCAAUGUCAAGAAUGUGGCAAGGCCUUUACCUGGAGGUCAAAUCUUUCUCGGCAUCAGAAAACUCAUAGUUCAGAGAAACCUUACCAAUGUCAAGAAUGUGGCAAGGCCUUCAAGAACAGCACAACUCUUAUUGAACAUCACAGAAUUCAUACUGGGAAGAAACCUUACCAAUAUCAAGAAUGUGGCAAGGCCUUUUGUAACAGGUCAGCCCUUACUCAACAUCAUAGAACUCAUACUAGAGAGAAACCUUAUCAAUGUCAAGAAUGUGGUAAGGCCUAUGCCGUCCCUUCACAACUUACUAAACAUCACAGAAUUCAUAAAGGAGAGAAACCUUACCAAUGUCAAGAAUGUGGCAAGGCCUUUAUCCACAGCUCAAACCUUAUACAACAUCACAGAAUUCAUACUGGAGAGAAACCUUACCAAUGUCAGGAAUGUGGCAAGUCCUUUAGCUGGAGAAUUCAUACUGAAGAGAAACCUUACCAAUGUCAAGAAUGUAGCAAGGCCUUUAUACACAGCUCAACCCUUACUCGACAUCACAGGAUUCAUACUGGAGUGAAACUGACGAAUGUCAUGUAUGUGGCAAGGCCUUUAACUGGAGGUCAAGUGUUACUGAGCAUCAGAGAAUUCAUCCUGGAGAGAAACCUUAGCAAUGUCAAGAAUGUUGUUAGGCGGGGCUCCUGGGUGGCCCUGGAACAGAACGUGCAGACAGAGCCGGGGAUCAAGGGCAGCCGGAGCUUCAUUGCUUUGCCAGCCAAGGAGGCUUCAGAAGGUCGGGACCGUGAAACCUGCAGCCCACCCGGAGAAAGGGGCCAAGGGUUUGUUGGAAAAUGCUGGAUAAUGGCUGAUUUCCAGAGGAAUUGUGUCUGUGCUGCCAGCCCUGUUCAUCAUGUUGUAGGGGUGGAACCAGGUUCCUGA